AUGAAGGUCGCUGUGUUGGACCUGGGGUCUCUCUUUGCCAAAAUCUUCAAGACCUCGCAGGCGCCCCCGGCCGUCCCCUUCCCGGCCGCCCCCUCCAGCCCCUCGGGAGGCGCCGCCACCGCACGGCGGGCGGGCUCCAGCGCGGGCGCCUCGCUCCGCACGGCCCUGACCCUGACCGCCUUGCCCGCUCGGGCGCCCGACUCCCCCUCCGCCUCGAGGGGACCGCCCGCCUCGCUCCAUCCGCCGCUCACCGCCUCUUACCCCAGGGUCUCGGUGGCGAGCCGCGCGGCGGAAGCAGUAGGGAGCCCCCUCUCGCUGCCCGGUAGCCCGAGAGCAGCCAGAGUUCAGCCCCUGCCCCCGGGCCCCUCCAGCGGGGGCUGCAGCGCCGCGGGCUCCCCCGCCCACCUGGCGGCCUCGGCGCGGCGGUCUGCGGGCGUUGGCGGGGUCUGCGCUGCGCGCCCACGGAACACCCGCCGGUCUGGCCCCGGAGAGCGAGAGCCCGGCGCUUGGAUGCCCCCUGGGUCUGGCCCCAAGACUCUGUUUUUCACCCUGCCGCACAUCGGCGAGGAGCGGGCCUCGGACAGCGACUCGGAGGACGGCGGAGACGCAAGAGGACUAUCAGAAGGAUCUGGGAAGCAAAGUUUGGCUGUGAAAAGCAAAGAUCCUUUACCUACACAUUUUACAAGCAAUGUGCAGAAAGCCAUUGAUAAACAUACCUGUGAACCUGGGUCAUCAUUUACAUCCAGUGGCAGCACCACGCCUGCAGGGACCCACAACUCUUGGUCUCGGUCUGGGACACAGAGUUCUACCACUGGCUUAUCAACUGAGAGGAGCUCCAUUUACUCUUGGAGAGAUGACGAGUUUGACAAGGCGAACGCAGAGAAAGUCCAGCAGUUAUUCUGGGAGGUGGAGGAAAUGUUAUUUGAAGGGAAAGUAAGCCCUCAUACUCAGAAUCUAGUGGCCGAAUGCAGUGAGUGGGCAAAAAGAUCCCUCCAUCUGAGAGUAUUAGGAAGACAGCUCAUCGUGCCAACUGAUGAAGGGUUCCAACAUUUCCAGGGCAGUGAGCCUAGUACUGUGGUCCACAAACCCUUCCUAGAUGCCUGUGGACACAACCGCAACAGCAGAGAAUUGUGCGUCUCUGGCUCUCAAAUACUCCCUGAGAUGUGCUCAGCCCCUGCCCUGCCAGGCCCCGAGGGCCCAAAGGUUGCUGGCCUAAUGGCAGGCUCACCCCAGGAAGAAGAGGUUUAUGACGUGGAUGGAAAGAUUGAAGAAUAUUUUGCUUUUGACAGAAAAGAAGAUGAUGAUGAAUGUCUUGAACAAAAAUCAGCUCACCGCCAUAGGAUGUGGCAGAAACAUGGACUUCCUCCCCUUUCUCCUCAUGACUGUAUCAAAGAUGCGGUGGCUGCAGAAGUGUUUGAUCACAUCUGGACAAGUGUCGUAGAGAUAUUGGAAGAGCUGAUCAGAAAAAAUUGGAAAGUUACACUCACAGAAGGAAAGAAACAAAAAGAAAAAUUGAAAGUAGCUGAGAAUAAAUCUCCACUGAUACUCAUUUCCCGUAUUAACACUGAUGCACCAAGUGUUCCCCCAUCCAGAAGCUCUGAAGCCCGAAGCAUAUCCCUGGCUCCUCAUCUUAAUCCACCUCAGAUUCAUCGCUUCUCCAACAAUUUUUAUAGUGAUUUGAGUGGUGUGAUGACAAUUCAAGCAAAGCCACUGCAGCAGAGACCUACCUGUUUCUCAGAUAGAAUACAGAAUGAGCAAGAGGACAGAUCGUUGGGUGCAGGGCCCAGUACUCUUUCUUUGGCACGGCACCGCCUGGGACGAACCUCCUCCGAUGCUCGCAUACUCCACACUUCUGAAAGGAAAACACCUGCGUACACGAGGCUGCCUUCUCUUACUUCAGACUCACAGAGGAUGAAAACCCCCAAUGUGUACAAUGAUGAAGUUCUUAGGGGAACAAAACUGCAAACUGGCAUGGAGUGUGUGUCCUCCCCACCGGUUCAAGCCUCCCGGAACAGGUUACCCCCAAUAGGCUCAGAGACCGGUGAGCAGAAUAUGGCAGUUCCUGGAUCUCGACCUGUUUCUUACAGAGGGAGGCACCCACAAAACCGCGUGCUAAGUGCGAUUCCCGACAGUUCAGAGCGAUCGCCUCUUCGAGAAAGAUCUCUGACCAUAGAACACUUUUCAAGACCCAGCACGACCCAUGCGUUUCGGUUAGAUACUCCCCGGAAGGGUUCGUUGACCCUGAUGGAAUUUGCCAGCCACACAUGGACAAGUCAGAGUUUCUUCACAGGUUCACAAUAUCCACCUAAAUCUUUUCAGAGGACGACUCUGACUACAAGAAAGAGAUUCCAAGUGGCAUCUUGAUGGAACUUGGACUUCAAAGCCUCAGCCCACCAUUUAUCACUUGAAAAAUGGAAGAACAAGUAUUAUACUAUGUAUCUGUUUGUCUGACAGUGAGAUGUGAGCCUGUCUGAGAGAAAUGCAAACAAAUAAACAACUUAAUUUUGAACACUUGCAUUGCAAAGAGAUACAAGUCAAAUUCACCAACCUUCUUUACAGGAAGCAUUACAAUAAAAGUUCUUUAGGCUUUGCUCAGAAGAAUCUGAUCUGUGU